CCAGUAUUUAUAGUUUUUCCUAAUAACUAGUAAAAAGUAUCAAGUAUAUAUAACUUAAAUACUCGUUCAAUCAACAUUUAUCAUAACACUACAAAUUUAGUUGCUUGCCGUUUGGUGUACCGAAUUUUAUACAACUGAACUCAAAAUGAUAAUCAAAAAGACGUUGUUGGUAUCAGGAUUUGUACUUUUCGGUUGCAUGUUUUCAAUCAAUAAGGCUGCCGAUGAUGCAGAUACAGCGGAUAAGGAAUUAAUGUCAAAAUUAAUCACUGUGGCUUUUAAAUGUUUUAAGGAUGCUGAUUGGGGCACGUGCGGCGAAAUGAUAACAACUAAAUAUGAUAUAACUCAAGCUAAGUACAAACAAUGUACAUGUCACAUGGCGUGUGCCGGGGAAGACCUUGGUUUGAUAAAUAGUAAUGGGCAACCCGAACCUGCCAAAUUCCUUGAAUACGUGAAACGUAUCAAUAAUUCUGUUAUUAAGAGUCAAUUGCAACAUAUUUACGACAAAUGCCAAAAUGUCAAAGGUACGGAGAAAUGCGAUCUUGCAGAGCAAUUUGCUAUAUGUGCUUUUAAGGAAUCGCCAGAAAUGAAAGAACGAGUGACUAAAUUGAUCGAAAUGUUGGUGAAGAUGAAACCAAAAUCGAAAUAAUCUCUGCAGUCACCCAGACCAAUAGUUUUCCAUUUUCAUUUCCGUUUUACUUAAUAUUAUGUAUGUAGGUACUAUAUACAUUCUGGAUCAAUAAUAAUUAUAUUUACAUAAUAUGUGAUUAAAUAAAAAUGCAAUUUUAAUAAAUUA